UCAAUAUUUAUCAAAGAGCCACAUUUAAAGGAUGAGCGUUGACGCGAAAAGUGCUUCUCCAGUAAUUAAUUACUGAUUGCAAAUAAUUAUAAUAUCAUAAUAAAAACGAAGUAUUAUUUAACAGAUCUGGGACUGAUUUUUUUUAUACAAGCUACUCAUCAUAAAUUCAAAAAAAAAGAGUGUGUUAAAGACAAAAAAUAAAAAUAAAAAUUUCAACUCCAUUUUUAUUUAUUUGGUUGGAAAGCUUGACUUUUACAAAAUGAUUGCGCCGUCGAAACUGCUCCGUGGCCACAAGAUGGCGCAGAGCCUCCUGAGGCCUGCGAGGGCCUACUCGCAGGAGACCGACGACUUCUUCAAGUUCUACAGCGACGAGGAACCAAAUACCAAGCACCGGCCUCUGACGGAGGCCGAUUACGACCGCUUCAUCAGCCACAGAGCCGCAAGGAGAGAACCUGCGCUGACCAGGCUAAUCACGAGCCUGGCGUACGGCGUCGGACGUCAGAUGAUCUCCCUCGCCGAGGGCAUGCCUAACGAAGAGGUGUUCCCUUUCACCAGACUCGAGUUGGGUUCUACUGCAGGAGCGUUGCAUAUAGAGGGGAAAGAAUUAGCCACUGCGUUGCAGUAUGUCCCGUCACAAGGUCUCCCAGCUCUCCUCAGUGAACUGCGCGCCUUCCAGCAAGACCUGCACCGCCCCCCACCGCUUCCCCGCGACGUGCUGGUCACCAACGGAGCGCAGCACGGGAUCUACCAGGCCAUCGACCUGCUCCUCGACGAAGGAGACCCCAUACUGUUAGCUGAAUAUGCUUAUACUGGAGUUCAUACUGCUCUCAGACCAUACAGCCCAGAAAUCAUCACAAUCCCCGAAGACGCUCACGGCAUAGUCCCCGACACCCUCGAAGCAAUCCUAGCCGAGCGACUGGCUCGCGGGCUCCCCAUGCCGAGGGUUCUGUAUCUGGUGCCCAAUGGCAACAAUCCGACUGGAGCUACGCUGCCUGCGAAUCGCCGCCGACAGAUUUACGAUCUCGCCUGCAGAUACGACUUCCUUAUUCUGGAGGAUGAUCCGUAUAUAUUCCUGAAUUAUGAUGAUGAGCAACACCCAUCCUUCCUCUCGUUGGACAUCGCAGGGCGGGUCGUGCGUCUAGACUCAUUGUCGAAGGUCGUCAGCUCAGGACUUCGCGGUGGCUGGAUGACGGCUCCGAGACCGUUGCUGGAGAGAGCCGAGUUACACAUGCAAGGAGAGAUCCUACACAGCUGCACGCUUGCACAGUGCCUGGUGCACCGCGUCGUGUCAAACCGCCCGUGGUUUGCCGACCACCUCCAACGUGCGCGCGCCCUCUACCGGCGGCGGCGCGACGCACUGCUGGAAGCUAUCGGUCCUCUUGAGCCCCUCGCUGAGUGGCACACGCCAGCAGGUGGCUUGUUCUUGUGGUUGCGAGUGAGGGGAGUCGAAGAUGUUUAUAAUAUGGUAUUCGAAACUGCUUUCAAACGUGGCUUAAUGCUGAUCCCAGGCCAAGCCUUCCAAUACGACACCACCGUCCCCUCGCAGCAUCUACGAUUGACCUUUAGCAAAAUAGCCGUCAAAGACAUGCCUGUCGCUGCGCGCCACCUAGCGGACAUCAUUAGAGAAGAGCAGCAGCGCAGUUUGCAAAAACAACCGCAGAGGAUCGCUACUCAACGCUAGAGGGCGUUAAUAUUAAAUGUGGUUAAGAUAGUUAAUUCUUGUCAAUGACGAUGGUUGUAUUACGUUUAUAAUACUUUUUUAUAUUAAGUAUUUUCCUGUGUACUGUAAAAGAAAUAUAGACGUUUCUUUACAUACAAGAAAAUGUGUUAGUUAAUUUAUCAUAAUGUGUUUGUAGUUGUACUCGUAAAGUUAUGUUUUAAUUAUAUCUUGAUUAAUUUGUUGAUCCGAACUAAUAAAAAAAAAAUUCAAUCAGUAAAAUAAAAUGUGUCAUAAAAGUUGUCCCUACCAAGAAAAGUAAAAUUUUAAAAACAUAUUGCGAAAUGUCACUCAUUUUAU